UUUUUUUCAAACUCUAAGAAAGUGGGGCCAAUUUCACAAAGAUACCUGAAUGGCAACUGUGAACCUACCCUGCUCACAUUGAAAGAGAAAAGAAGAUUGCAAUUAAACCGAGAUGAAAGGCGGGGAGUAAUGACGCAAGAGAUUGAAGCCCAGGAAAGACUCAUAAGAGUUUGUCGGGGUGAAUUUGCUUUUCUGUCGCGGAUCUAAAAGGGAUACUCGAGAGCGCGCUCGGGUGCUCGUUCGUUAAUCUGAAGCCACUUUUAGGGACAAAUUGUAAUUUUCCUGUCGUCAAAUUGUACGUGGAAUACGACGGUAGUAAAGACGGAAACGGAUAAUAGGCUGAUAGGGAAAUACGAGGGUCUAAGUCCUUUCCCCCCCUUCCCUCCUCUCCCUUCUUCUCUCUCUUUCUUUUUUUCUCUCGUUUGUUUACAUGAUUUUAAUUGCGUUCACGAUUUAGCCUAAGAGGCGAACAACUUUAGAAAUGAUUAAUGCAACGCGCUUCCGCAACACGAGGAUCUUAUGCAACACGAGGAUAAAUCGCGUUUUAAUCGAAGCUGGGAUUGGCAUCGGAGAAUAUAAAUGUCUAUCACGCCACACACCGAGACAUGGUUUCUUUGUCGAUAUGCUGAAUGGGACCUUUCAUUCCGACAACACUAACGGCAGAAUGAUAGUUUUCGGAAUCUAAUGUAGUCGGAGCACUAAAGAUCCCAGUCUGCACGCACAAAAGAGUCAUAUAUCGCCUCUUCGAUUCCACAUGCAUUGCAUAACGCGAAAUAAUAUUUUCCUUUAUAUUCCGCAACGCUUUAUUUUUCCAAGCGAUGCCGAUUUUGACGAUAACUAGAUUCGCGAUCGGCCGUGCUACGUGAAGAAAAAAAAUUCUAGAAUCGGUUUUUUUAUUGCAGCGAGGCAACAAGGAUUAUGACAAAACAAGGAAAACGUUGACGAAAGUACAUAACAUUAUUGCAUUAAUUAUUGAAAUUAUUGCUGAAACAGCCAUUAUGCAGCUUACGAGACGGUGUGUGAUUCACUUUGAUUUUUUUUUUCUUUUUCAUAAAUAGAAUUGGGAGAGAAACGUCAACGGGAUAUAGGCGUGUCUCCGGCAUUCCGUGGCAAUUAAUUUUUAUCCACGGCGCUGCGGGAAAAAUAUCAAUUGUUUUGAUUGAUGCACACACGGCUUAACGUUCGCAGCGUGAUGCACAAGUACUUGGAGAAGAACAACGAGACAACUUUUGAUAAAAUAUUUCAUCAAAUGUUUGGCUAUCUUCUGUUUAAACAAUUCUGUGAGACUACAGAGGACGUAAUUUCGCAUCUCAGGUUUUACGAAGAGAUUAAAACCUACGAGAAAUUGGAAAAUACCGAAGAAAGAAGAAAUACUGCUCGAAGGAUCUACGACAAUUACAUUAUGCAAGAAUUACUGUCGCAUACUUACGAAUAUUCGCAAGAGGCGGUAUCUCACGUGCACAAAUAUCUCGUGAAAAAUGAAGUCCCGGAUAACUUGUUCGAGCCAUACAUCGAGGAAAUUUUCAACCAUCUACGAGGGGAACCGUUUCAAAAGUUUCUGGAAAGCGAUAAGUACGUCCGUUUUUGCCAGUGGAAAAAUUUAGAAUUAAAUAUGCAGCUGACGAUGAACGACUUCAGCGUGCACCGAAUAAUAGGCAGGGGUGGCUUCGGUGAAGUGUACGGUUGUAGGAAAGCGGAUACUGGCAAGAUGUACGCCAUGAAAUGUCUGGAUAAAAAGCGCAUAAAAAUGAAGCAGGGUGAGACGUUAGCUCUCAACGAAAGGAUUAUGCUUUCAGUAGUUAGCACUGGGGCAGAUUGUCCCUUCAUAGUAUGCAUGACAUAUGCAUUUCAAACCACCGACAAGCUGUGCUUCAUCCUGGAUCUGAUGAACGGUGGUGAUCUGCAUUAUCAUCUAAGUCAACACGGGAUCUUCACCGAGCCAGAAAUGAAGUUCUACGCCACGGAGGUGAUCCUCGGCUUGGAACAUAUGCAUUGCAGAUACAUUGUCUACCGUGAUCUGAAGCCUGCGAACAUAUUGCUGGACGAGAACGGUCACGUAAAGAUAUCGGAUCUGGGACUGGCAUGUGAUUUCUCGAAAAAGAAGCCACACGCGAGCGUUGGCACGCAUGGAUAUAUGGCGCCGGAGGUACUAUCAAAAGGCACACCGUAUGACUCCAGUGCAGAUUGGUUUUCCUUCGGUUGUGUGCUGUACAAACUCCUGAAAGGACACAGUCCGUUUAGGCGAAGUACAGUCAAGGAUAAACAUGAAAUAGAUCGUAUGACAUUGACCAUGGACGUUGAAAUACCAGAGACGUUUUCGCGGGAUUUACGGUCAUUAUUGGAAGGUCUGCUACAGCGAGACGUCAACAAUAGACUCGGCUGUCGGGGCAACGGCACGGAUGGCGCAAAUGAAUUAAAGGCGCAUCCGUUUUUCAGCGGGAUCGAUUGGCGACAGGUAUAUCUACAAAAGUAUACGCCGCCAUUAAUACCACCGCGUGGCGAGGUCAAUGCCGCGGAUGCCUUCGACAUCGGCUCCUUCGAUGAGGAAGAUACGAAAGGUAUCAAGCUGACGGAUGCUGAUCAGGAUCUUUACAAUGACUUCUCUGUAGUCGUCUCUGAAAGGUGGCAGGCUGAAGUGGCCGAGACUGUAUUCGAUACAGUCAAUAACGAAACAGACAAGUUGGAAAGUAAGAAAAAGGCGAAACAAAAGCAACGCUUUGAUACAGAUGAAAAGGGUUCGGAUUGUAUAUUACAUGGUUAUCUAAAAAAAUUAGGAGGUCCAUUUGCGAACGUUUGGCAGACGCGCUAUGCGAAAUUGUAUCCAAAUCGGUUAGAGUUGCAUCCAGAAUCGACCAAGACUGAACUCGUAUUUCUUGAUCAGGUCGAGGAAGUUGGAGCGGACCUUGAGCUCGUAAAAGGAGAACAGUCCAUCGUGAUACGUACGAAGGACGCGAAGAUCAUGCUUACAAGUGUCGACGAGAUAAGCUUAAAAGAAUGGGCGCUCUCAUUAAAAUCAGCUCAUAAAUGCUCAAUAGACAUGCUUUGCAAUAUGGCGAAGAAAGCAGGCAAAAUUUAUGGAACUGAUCGAGAUGCAGGGACCUCGGGAACGAGGUAAUCCACAAACAACUAGUCUGCUGUCGUCAUGUGCAAUACUGCAGUCAUACUCGAGUCGCGAUCGUGCAAACUAAGUGUCGCGGUCGUCCAGACUUAGUGUCACGGUCGUGCAGACUAUAAGUGUCGUGAUCGUGAAAAUUUAGUGUCGCAGUCGUGCAAACUAAAUAUCGCGGUCGUGCAAACUAAGUGUCGCAAACGUGCAGACUAAGGUGUCACGGUUGUGCAGAUUAAGUGUCGCGGUCGUGCAGACUAAGUGUCGCGGUUCCUAAACAUUUGUUCCGAAUUCCUACAUAUUAUAUGAAUAAUGACGAGAGCAUCCAGCAAACACAGAUAUAUAACAGCAACACUGCCGUAAUAUAACGAAAUAUAAUAUAUAAUAUAACGUGUACGUUACAUGUAACGUCCAUGUUACUCAUAAUUUCUCUCUCAAACAAUAUCAUUGUUACAUAACAUAAAUAUAACACUUAAAUGUAACUAUUAUAUAAUUUUGACUAUUCAAGAUUGUUCUGUUCCAAGUUCGAGGUUAUUGAUUGCAAAAGCCUUAUAACAAAUAUAAAGCAUGAUUGUUAAAGAGUCUAAUUUAUAUUAUUAG